AUGGCUUGUGGGGCUAAAGAAGUGAAGCAAUCCACAGCCUUUGUCCUCCUCUUUAAUGUGCAGCAGCUGCCACUGGUGCGGGGGGAGACAUGGGUGCUGCAGGAAGGGUGGGUUUGGGCCAGUGCUCCAUUGCCAGUCUGGAGAUACAUCAAGCCACCAUUGGAGGAUCUUGGUAGCUGCUUGAGUGGUGUGGAGUCGGCAAGGGUUAUAGAACCAGAUGCAAGCUCAGACCCCAAUAGACGGAGGGUGAUACAGUUAGGUACUGGAUCUCAAGUGGGCUCAAUAGCCAUGCCUUCACACCUCCAUUCCCCAGAUCGUCACAUAGAAGUUCGAUAUGGUCACAUAGUCGUAGCAAGGCCUCCCAGAUAUGGAGAAUGGUGA